AUGCUUAGAGCGUGUUUAUCACGUGACCAUCUUCAAAGCUUUUACCAGAAUUUUGAUAGAAUUAUUACCGAAACUUCUAUCUAUAGUGAUUCCUUGGAGUCCAGAUCAAGUGAAAUGAAGAGAAUGAUCUUCUUCCGCACUUCUGUGACAUGGUUUGGUGCUGUCAUCAGUUUUGCCGGUAUCAUAUUUCAGUCAGUUACUGAUUUUAACAAAGACUUCGCGGCUGGUAUCACCAACCCGUUCCCACAGAGAAAUAUAGCUGCUCUGCUUUUUUUCUCCGGUCUUCAUCUUUGGGAAACCGGUGCUUGGUUAUUCCCAAUAUUGUUACAGUCCACUCUCUUCACGUUCCUUGGCAAUAGCUUUUCGACAUUAAACACUAACCUAAUCAGAAUAAUGGAGGACAACGACAAGAGAAUUUCACAAAAUAUAAAGGAUCUCCGACGGAAACACCUCCAGUUGUGUAAAACCGUCGCCAUCCUGGAACAAGACACCAGCUAUUUAUUAACAGGAACCUAUGUCACUAAUGUAUUCCUCAUUUGUUUCAUCGUGUACCAGAUGGUGACGGCGGGUUCUUGGCCGAUAUAUUCAUACGUGAGCUUCUCGUCCUGGGUGCUGAUGAAUGUAACCGUUAUACUGACCAUAUCACACACAGCAGCUAAGGUCAAUGAAAAGGCCCAUUCUCAUUUGGAGUAUCUCUAUGAUGUGGACAUGAGUCAAGCCAGUCCUUUUGAAUCGCUUGAGUUGCAGAUGUUCCUGUCCAAACUCAAUGGGCCUCCACUUGGUUUUACAGUGUUAGGGUUUGUCACCAUCACUAAGGAGUUCAUCUUAACGCUGGGAGGUAUAAUUAUGACCUACUUUUUUCUGUUGCUUCAAUUCAAACUAUGAGAGAAGGCAGGCUUGUGUUUAAGAAACACGGAGACAUUGGAAUAACAACAAGUAGAGGAACGAAAACGACCUAUAGAUACUGGAAAUUUUGGUUGUUUUUGAAGAGGAAUAGUUUCAAUAACCAUCAACACUUCCUUAUUCAACCUAUCUUUUAUUUUUCAAGACAAAUACAAAAUCCUUUGUGUUGAAUUAAAUAUAUAUUUUAUCUGAUGAA